GAGAGAAGCUUCCUGCUGGCCAUGUCGUGGCCAUCUUUCCCCCCAGCAACCCAGUCGAGCGUGUUUCUAACCAUGCUGAGACGCAUUUCUUGCAAUUUUUCCACUCUGCAGCAGGAAUUUUGGCAUCGCACGGUGUGGAGUUGACGGGAUUCUGUGGGGUUUUCGGUGUUUCUUGUGACGGGAGUCGUGGCUAUGGCGUCGCGGGGUGUGGAGAUGUACGAAGAUGAGGACAUGUUCGGCAACAAAAAAACGAAUCGGAAUCCGUUGGUUCUGUGUGGGGCGAUUGCAACUGCCGGCGUGUUGGUCGCUGGUCUAAUUUCCUUCAGACAAGGAAAUUUCAACCGAAGCCAGAUGUUCAUGAGGGCCCGUGUUGGGUUCCAGGCGGCAACGGUGGCACUGAUGGUUGGGACAGUCACCUUGCAAAACAAAUCUACAGAUUCAGACGUAUCCAGCAAGGUUGUUGCUUGACAUUGACGUGAAGUUGCUGCUAACUAAAUUCUGCGUGCAGCUGAUGCGUUGUAGCUUUAUUCUUGCGGAUUGGUGGUCGAGAAUCAUGCUCUUCUUGGAAGACCCUGUGGAGCACAUCACUUGUCAUUGAAAGAAUGUCAUGCAGGAUUUAGUACUCAUUUAACGAAUAUGAACCCAAAUCGUCGAGAAAGUUGGAGUGAAUCCGCAAUUUGUUUCAGCGAAUUUACUAGAUUUCCUCUGCCCUGCAUAUCUGCUGGAUCGUUUAGUUUGUAACGGCUCCUUUCAGGAAGUAUUUGGGUUCUGAGGUGUACACUUCGGUCAUUGGAUACUGAUAACCCAAGUGGGUGAAGAGGCAGCGUUUGUAGCUGUGAUUUUUUCUGCAAACUUCAGCUAAUGGCGCACUGAUUUUUUUCAACCUUGUCGAGUCUUAAUCGCACAGUUUAAUUACUUUUCAAUUAAAAGCAUGCUUCCAUAUAGUGUCAACGUACGCAUUGAGAAAGAUUAGCUUCACUCCAAUGUCCCGCUUUAAUUUUUUAAAUAAAAAAUAUUAUGUUGAAUAGUUA